AUGGUGGACCGCGAGCAACUGGUGCAGAAAGCCCGGCUGGCCGAGCAGGCGGAGCGCUACGACGAUAUGGCCGCGGCCAUGAAGAACGACGGCAACGAGAAGAAGAUCGAGAUGGUCCGAGCCUACCGGGAGAAGAUCGAGAAGGAGCUGGAGGCCGUGUGCCAGGACGUGCUGAGCCUGCUGGACAACUACCUGAUCAAGAACUGCAGCGAGACCCAGUACGAGAGCAAGGUGUUCUACCUGAAGAUGAAAGGGGACUAUUACCGUUACCUGGCAGAAGUGGCCACCGGGGAGAAGAGGGCGACUGUGGUGGAGUCGUCUGAGAAGGCCUACAGCGAAGCCCACGAGAUCAGCAAGGAGCACAUGCAGCCCACCCACCCCAUCCGGCUGGGCCUGGCGCUCAACUACUCCGUUUUCUACUAUGAGAUCCAGAACGCCCCGGAGCAAGCGUGCCACCUGGCCAAGACCGCCUUCGACGACGCCAUCGCNGAGCUCGACACUCUGAACGAGGACUCCUACAAGGACUCCACUCUGAUCAUGCAGCUGCUCCGAGACAACCUCACGCUCUGGACGAGCGACCAGCAAGACGAUGACGGCGGUGAAGGCAACAACUAAGGCCCCAGGUGGACUGGCAGCGCCCGCUGAUGCUACUACUGCAGUCUUUAUUUUUUUCCCAUGAGUUGGGGGUCGGGUGGGGGAGGGGAAAGGGAGGGCUGACCUUCCCAGGGAGAAACCCACGACUGUCCUGUCUUUGAUUGCCUCUUUGACAUUUUUGCCAAAAUACCACUAGUGGAAAGUCAGGCUAGCUAUGCUGGUAUGGGAGUAGCAGCCUCACACAGGCGUCCGGACUGUUGUGCAGGCUCGGAACGAGCAAGUGGAGCUGUCUGCCUUUUAGUUUAACUUAUUGCUAGACAGUAGGGUUCUAAGAAGAAAAACGGAGAUGGAUGGCCCUCAUUCAGUGCGUUCUGUGGUUCCAGUAAGGAUUCUUCUGUCCAUGCCCUCGUCCUCAGUUCCGUGGCUGUUUUCUCUCUGUGGCUGUGCUUUUUAUUUCUCUCUCUCUCUCUCUCUCUCUCUCUUUCUCUCUCUCUCUUCUCUCUCUCUUUUUUUCCCCCUGGGGUGUACACCAGAGAAGUUAUAGUUUAAAUUACCCAACUCGACAGGCUUAGAUUAGAAGGCACAACUUUUAUUACUNAGUUAGACAUGGCCCUGUAUUUGGAAGUCUCUGACGGGUUGACAGUAUUAACACUAAAUUUUAGUUUACAGUAUUGAUACAUGACAGCCAUACAUGAGCCUAGCCAUGGGUUCUCAGCUCUCCUUUGUCAGGUCGGCUUUCCAUCUGCUUCCGGGUCGGUCUGGCUGUUCGUCAGUUCUAGACGUGGGGAGAGUCAGAGCUCCCCGUUCCGUCUUGGUUGAUGGGUGUUUGGGAGGGGGCUGNGGGGAAUACUUUCUUUUUAGUUCUUCUUUACCCUUAAGGUCAGCCNAUCACAAAAACAGAAACCGUUAAGUACCCCACACACAGAGAAAACGGAGAAAAUUCAGGUCUGUAUGUCAUUUAUCAGAGACUCUGCUCUCAGCAGCCAGGGCUCCUUCUCAGUGUCACUGCCUGUUGAAUGUUCCUCUGCACCUUGUGCUAGCAGCAUGCAGGUGCCCCGAGGCGUAGGACUGGAGUGUGGAGGGUGGGGGAUUAUCAUCCGGUGCCAGCAGCUGAGCCUACAGGGAACCCACUAGGAAGAGGCAGUUCACUUGAGGCAGCCUGGUCCCUAAGCCAGUUGUCCCUGCCCCCCUUCAGCCCCGGCACUCCUUUCCCAAGUGCUUAGUGGAGGGUAGCCGAGGUUCGGCAGGAGGCCAUGCUCACCCUGUUUGACCUAAGCUUUCCUGGUUUCCCCUUUUUGAAUGAAAUCGUAGUUGUUGAGAUUGGCUUCUCUCUCAUGAGGUCGCUGCACAUGUGACAUUGAAGGAAGCUCUGCUGCUAUGUCCUACAUGGUCCGUCUCAGCCCUGGGUCCCUCAUUCUCACUGUGGAUAACCCUUUCCAUAAACACGCCCGGUCGCAUGCAGAGUGUGCAGUUUAUGUCUUCUGGAGAACUCACGGUCUUGUGGGUUCCCAAGACGGGCAGCGCCCCAAACUUGCUUAANUUGUCUUNAGAGGCCCAGCAGCCACUUUGUCGCCCACUUGAGCUGGUGCCGUGGCUGCAGAAGGAUGACGCCCCUCUGCACAGUCCUAGCAUGCCCUUUCUUGGAGCCCCUCUUCAUGCUAGUGUGCCAGCACCCCCUAACCGAGACCCGCGCAAGGCCGCAGCGGAGGAAGCUUGGCCACCAGAGUGGACAGAGGGGCCGGAGAGGCUUCACCCGGGGGGUUGUCUCCUUGUCCGCAGUGAGCAUGUCUGUGUCCCGCUUGUACUGUUUGGAAAUGACCUACUGGAAUUGCAAAACCUAGUUUCUCUUUACAUUUCAGCCUUGACCUUUGCUGUGUUCUAGAACAGUCAUGUGAGGGUAGAACUGAAGAGGGAGAGCGGGAGACCUGCCGGGAG